AUGAAUGAUACCAGUGGUCCUCCUAUAGCCAUUGAUUCAGAGCUUUAUCCGGCUCUUAUUCAAUGUUUCUUUAUAAUCGGUGCUGGUUAUGUUGCGGGUCAAUUAAAUUUAUUAACAAAUACACAUUCAACAGGCCUUUCACGUUAUAUAAGUAAUUUUGCAUUACCAGCUGUUGUAUUUAAAAAUCUCGUUGAUGUACAAUUUCAAAGAGUAUCAUGGCAAUUUAUAGUAUCUGUAUUUAUUGCUAAAUCCAUUGUUUUUGUUUUAACAGCAAUUUUAACCGGUAUAGCUGAACGUCCAAGAAAUUUUGCAAGUAUAGGUCUAUAUGCAAUAAUGUCAUCACAAAGUAAUGAUUUUGCAUUAAUGUUACCUAUAAUUGAUGCUGUUUAUAAACAAUCACAUCCUGAUUAUGGACGAUAUAUUUAUUUAAUAGCACCAAUAUCUUUAGUUAUACUUAAUCCAAUUGGUUUUCUAUUAAUUGAAAUACAAAAACGUUUAGAUGAUCAAAAAAAACAUCCAAAUAUAUCUCUAUGGCAUCGUUGUCAAUUAAUAAGAAAAGUAUUUCAUAAUAUAAGUCGUAAUCCAAUUGUUAUAUGUACAUUACUUGGUAUUAUAUUUAAUCGUAUAUUUCAUCAACAUUUACCAAAUAUACUGGAAAAUAUAUUAACACCAAUAGCACAAUCAUUUAGUUCAACAGCAUUAUUCUAUCUUGGUUUAACAAUGGCUGGCAAAUUACGUCGUCUUCAUACACGUCUUGUUAUAACUGUAUUUGUUAUUAGUAUGAUUAAAUUAAUUAUAUUUCCAUUAAUAUUACGUGAAGCUGUAUUUUUACUUAUUAAAUCAACUAAUGGAACUUUAAAUAAUACAAUCGAUUAUUCAAAUUUUGGUUUUCUAUAUGGAACAGCACCAACUGCACCAUCAGUUAUAUUUUAUGUACCAGAAUCAAAUCCAGCAUUACGAGCUAUUGCUUCAACAGGUCUUAUUGUUUCAACUUUACUUGCUGGACCAAUCAUGGUUGUUUCAGCUAAAAUGAUUAAUUUAAGAACAUUAGAUAUAAAACUGAAACAAUCAUAUGAAUCAACAUUAGUAAAAACAUCAUAUGAUGUUAGUAUUAUAUCAUUAUUUUGUACAGUUGUUGUUCUUAUUGGAUUUGGUUUACGACGACGUUUAUUGAAAAUAUCACCCAUUCAUAAAUAUACAUUUAUUUUUACUGGCCUUCAAUUGAUUCAUGCAAUAUGGACAAUAGCAGUUCAAUAUAUAACGUUACCAAUAUCGAUUAAAGCUUCGAUUAUAGUUGAUCUAGGUAGUGUUCUAACAGCAUUAAUAACACGUGCUUGGGCAGCAAGUAUUUCAAUUGCUUUAAUGAUAUCAAUCUGCUAUUCAUAUGAACGUGCUCGUCAGUAUUUUUGGUUGUAUCAUUUAUUUGGUUGGCUAGCACCAAUUUUAACAACUGUUAUGAUUUAUCUUCAAUCAAAAGUUGAUAGAUCAAAAGGUGAACCAACAUUAGAUACAGAAAAAUUUGGUACAAUACAAAUUAUUUCUUCAAUUUGUUUACUUUCUUCAUGUGUAAUACUUAUAUCAACAAAUCUUCUUCGUAUUGCUCGUCGUACAUAUCGAUUAAAACAAAAUGCACGUGAAAAUCGUUGUGCAAGUUUGAUAACAAAUGAAAUUCGACCUUUAAUUAAUGAUUCAAAUGAAUAUGAUGAAAGUCAAACAACAAUAGAAUCAGUUUCUAUAGGUAUUUAA